UGCCGCUGGAGCGGAUGUCGAGCGCUCCUGAGCUCAGCGCUCUCUGGUGACCCUAACGGAGUCCACGGUCGGCGAUGUCCGAGCUGCCCGGAGAGAGCAUGGUCCCCGACCUGAGCCCCAUGACUGGCAUCGGCAACGUUCUGCAGGGGGUCGUGGGCGGAGGCAGUCGGGUCCCCGGGGCCCCGGAAGAUCCGCUGGCCGGAGCCGCCGGGUCUAUGCCGUGGGCCGCGGGCCCGCUUCCCAGGCGACUCCCCGGCGUGGCGGGCCUGAUGGCCAUGCCGCACGUCCACGCGCCGCUGCGCCUUCUAGAGCUGCACGAACAGCGGAUGUUCCAACACUACCUGCACACCAACCCCCUGAUCCCCACCCGGCUGCUCCGCGACAUCGAGGAGCGUCGCCGGCUGUUCGUGGAGGGCUGCAGAGCCAGGGAGGCGGCCUUCGACGCCAACCCCCCGCAGAUGGACUCGGACGCCCGCGCCUUUACGAUGGCGCUCACCGCCACCGACGCCCGCGGCCCCACCGCCGACUGAGUGGCGGUGUUCGCCUCUAAUCCCAGCCCUCGGGAGGGAAGAGGCUAGAGGAUUUAGGGUUCAAGGUCAUCCUUGGCUACUUGGCGAGUUGGAGGCCAACCUGGGCCACAGGAGACUCUGUCUUUAAAAAAUAAAAGAUUGGUGGCCAGGUGACUCUUAGGGUCAAGGGUAAAGGCAGAAGUCUGGGCAAAUGUCAUGAGGUGGGAAAUUCACUCAGAGUGCAGCGAUGAGCGCAGUGGAAUGAAGCAGGACCAGAGAGAGGUGGACACUCGAAGCUAGCUGGCAGAGGCCCCUUCCGACUUCCGCCUUGUGAUCAUUAGCUAUCGCUCACUACCCUCCACCCUCACCCCCUGGAAUUUGUGGAAACUCAAGGUUGCUUCACUGUAUCACUGUAUAGGACGGUGGUUUUGUAAAGAUGAAGUCUAAGAAUUACCAAUGGGGGAAAAACACAAAGAAAUCAACCGAGAUGCGGGGAGAAAGCAGGGAGACUGGUUCUUAGACACAGUUGCUCCUGGAUUUUACUGGCAUCAGAAGACUGUUGAGACAACCUGGACCUUUCAGAAUUGAGGCGUCAUCUCAUCGUCAGCUGACAAGCCCAAUGUGCUGUUAAUUCUUGUGUUUGAUGUUCUAGACAAGUUGUAAAUACUCAGAUAGGGGGAAAUCGUGUGUGUUUGUGAGACCAUGUGUAAUUGUAUCCUUGUGGGAGUAGAUUUAAUAUUUAAAUGAUAAAUGUACAAUCAAGAGACUCAAAAGUAGCAAAAGAUGCUAUGGGAAGUUAAACUUUUCUCUCUGCCAAACUGAAAACUGUCCGAGCAAGGAUCCAUAGUCAUUUGGGGUGGGGGUGGGGAGGUUGGUUGUAGGGUUUUAAAAACCGAUUUCCAGUGCAUAUACGAGUUGAGACAGUAGUACUCCCCCGUGCUGAGUGCUGAGGACGGAACCCGGAGCCUUGCACACAUACCACCUUGUUGUGCAGCGGCCUUCCCAGUCCUUUUCAGUUAUACAAGGCUGGCGAGAUGGCUCAGGGGUUUGAGGUGUUUGCUGCUGAGCUCUGUUACUGCAUUUGAUCCCGGGACCCUCCUGUUUCUUCUGACCAUACACAUGCAAUGUAAAAAAAAAAAAAAAAAAAAAAAAAACCUCGAUAGUAGGUACCUAUAUCAGUAUCUUCACUUUUUAUAUUUUCAGUUAUAUUGGAAGUAAUUUUAUAUUUUUUUCUUUUUUAUUGACUGCUACUUAAGGCUUGUAUCUUAACAUAUAUAAUGAACUAGUCUUCUGGA